AAAGGAUGGAAAAUGUUUAGUCAGUGUUUGAUCUGACAACACGUGAAAUGAAUACAUGUUUGAUUUACUUCAUAUUUCCGCUUGAAAAUUAUAAACUUUAUUGCGAUACUCUCCACAACAUUUAAUCCACCGUAAGUCAACAAAUUGCAACAUUAUAAUCAACUGCUUCAUCUUGAAAUGUACUCACUUUAAUUUUUUGUUACAGAAGAAUGAGGCGAAUCAAAAAGAAGCAUUGAACUUCUCGAUAGCAAUCACAAACCAAAAAGACAUACAACCUAUUCAUUCCAAUGAAUCAUCACAUACCGCUGGAAUGAAACUGCUAAAAGCUAAAAACACAACAAGUAUGAACAGUGUUCUUACAAAAUCCCAUUGCGAUAAUAAGUUGAAUUCUAAGUACAAAGUAAGGGCCCAACACAUACGUGCACGUAUUGGUGAGAAGAUAUACAUUUGCGAUUUGUGCAGUAAAGCAUUCACAUGUGCUGGUAAUUUAAAUACGCAUAAGCGCAUACAUACUGCUAAAAAACUGUACAAAUGCGAUGUGUGCAAUAAAUUAUCUGCGUCUUCUAGUGAUUUGAAUAAACAUAAGCGCACACAUACGGGUGAAAAACCGUACAAAUGUGAUGUGUGCAAGAAAGGAUUUAUGUCUUCUAGUGAUUUGAACAAACACAAGCGUACACACAUCGGCGAAAAACCGUACAUAUGUGAUGCAUGCAAGAAAGGAUUUACGUCAUCUAGUAACUUGAAUACGCACAUGCACAUACACACC